GAGAGAGAGGUCAUGCAUAACAUGAGCUCCUAGUCUUUCUAGAGUUUCUUGCUUCUAAUAUGAGGUAAACCAAAGAUAAAAACACAAAAUUAACUAAAAUGGGACGAUGAGCACAAGUUCACUAUAAAAAAAUACUUUAAUAUUUAUUUUUUUACAAGAAAUUAGGAGAAAAUCUCUUGAAAACAAGAAAAAUUCGUGGAACCUAAACAAAAGGACACUGGAGUGGACCCUACAACAAGGCUUCAGAAGGGAACGAACACAAAAACUGCUGGAGAAGAACCACCUACAAACUUCACGGAUUUAACAAAAAGGAUUAUUCCAUCUUAUUCCAUCUUAAAAAGGAUUUAACCACAAAAAAAAAAAAAUUUUUUUUUAAUAACCUUUCCAUCUACAAACAACAAGGACCAAAAAUUGCAAAAGGACAAACAAAACCAACGGACCCCCAACUUUCCAUUUGAUGGAGCUAUAGAACGGUAUAGCAAUUUAAAAUAACAAAAGAGGGCCAUUGUCAUUCACACCUUCUGAUUGGAUUAACGGAGCCAUUACAAUCAAUAUCAAAGACCUGUAAACGGCAUUACCAUGGCAACACCAGCAAUGGGGACUGGAGCUCACACCUUUUCCUACCCCCCAGACAUCAAGUCUGAGAAGAGCAGACAACAACACAAGCUCAAAACUCAGAAGGAAAACCCAGAAACACUGUUUAAAGAUACUUUAAACAGUAGGGGCAAAACCAUCACCACAAACCUGCUCUUCUACACAGAACAACCGACUGCAUGGCACACCGCCUCCUGCACACUGUUCCAGUAUCACACCAAACAUGGAAUCUGUAAAGGCAGACAACUGUGCAUUUAUGAAGACGCAGAAAAAGACCCAGAGAACAGACACCUGACAAUAAACUUUUAUCAAAAUGGAACGGUAAUGAUACAGGGAAACAGUGCUGCCCUCACAAACUUUGAACAGACCUUCCACUGCUUAAAAGAUAUGGUGGAAAGAGAUGAAGCAAACCCCUGCAAGCAAACCCAUACAGACACACCAGAAGACACUGACCAAAAUGAGCCUUCAACCCACGACAACACAGAGAACAGGACCCCUCCAGAAACCACAGAGAACAUCAGUCUUCCCCAAAGCACAGGACUACACAACACAGUUGUCCAGCUACAGCACAGCUUAGCACUGCUAGAAGUGGAAAUAGUGGAACUGAGUGAGCAAGUCCACAUCCUGUCCACUAAAGACACUGAACAACUUAGAGAACAGCUGGACCAGAUAAGAAACCAGCUGAAAAUGUCCAUCCAAGAACUUAAAAGGGAAAUGGACACUCUGUAUCAGGACAGGCAAACACUCAAAAAAGACCUCAAAGAACUUCAACAGAUCAUGGGGAAGGAACUUUCAGAAAUGAAAGACUACAUGGGGAGGGAGCUUGCAUGCUUCAAAAAAGAGCUUCAACAAAGGGACAAACAGAUGGAGAACCUAACAACACAGAUGAGGUGUCUCACUACCCCUGUGAAUGCCCCCAAAGUCCCCCCUCCCUCCCCCACACCAACACCUACACAUCCAAAGUCCAGCAGCACAUCUCCGGCACCCACCAAACCAUCACAGCCCAGCAACAGCCAAAAGGAAGCAGGAACACCUGCAGCCUCCAAAAAACCAGAGAUCCUUCAGAAAAACAUGACAGCUACAACCCCAGCUGAGAAACAGCCAGUGAAAACAGAGGCUGACAUUGCCAUCCUCAUGGACUCCAAUGGGAAGUUCCUACAAGGAGAAAGACUUUUUCCAGGCCUUAAAACAACAAAACUCUGGUGCCCAAAAACAGGGGAUGCCCUCAGAAUACUUUCUGACUCCACCUUUGGCACACCCUCACAUAUCAUCAUACACACAGGCACCAACGACUUGAGAAGGGAACAGGAGAGAGUUGGGCAGCUGAUCUGCAGAGUAGCAGAGAAGGCUACAGAAAUCUACCCCAACACAAAGAUCACCAUCUCUACCCUCCUACCCCGCAGAGACAUCCACCCAGACACCAUCCAGAGAGUCAACGCUGACAUCUCCAAAGGAUGUGCUCGCCUGCCCAAUGUACACCUGGCUCAUCACCCCUCCAUCACAAUCAGGGACCUGUAUGACCAUGUACACAUAAAGAAGGACAAAGUCAAUGUGUUUGCAAAAACACUGAAAGACACAGCGUGGGGCAGACAAAACACCUUCACACCCCUGAAAACAACACAGCUGCGAACCUACAGAACACAAAACCAGACACCCAGCAUAAACCUACAAACUCAUCACAGAGAACGACCACCACUGGCUGCACAAUACCAGGGACCCCCACAACAUGCUAAAAUCCACAUCAGGAUACCCCAUGCACCAGCACUACACCACCACAGAUCUACACCAGCCCAUCAGCAGAAACCCCAGUUUGCACCAGAUCACCACCCAAGACACCCACAACCACAAAAACAUCACUCCAGGCAGAGAAGCAACAUGAGGAACAACCCAACAUCAGCAGCAGCAACCAGCCUUCCACCCGCUCAUGCAGCCUCAGGUGACAACACACCAAACCCAGCACCACUCCCACACUCCAGGAGCUACGCUCAGGCCCUGAAAGGACAAGCAAAUACACUGGAGAUGAGUGAGAUCAGACAGCUGCUGAACUACAUCAGUACCCAGCUGACAGCAUGAAAGGCCACACAGCAUGCAAACACCUGCCUAACAAUGAAAAAAAAAAAAAAAAAAAAAAAAAAAAAA